CUGCCUGACCGUCGGCAGCAACGUUCGUGACGGCCUCUCAAUCUCCUCGUUCUAUCUGUGCGUGUAUCGAGUGACUGCUCGUGUGUGUGUCUAUGUGUUCCAGUGUUACGCUCGUCAAUUGAUCAACGGCGGUGGAGGAGAAAAAAAAAAAGCAAUUAUUGAUUGUGACUAGGUCUACAAGCCUCUUGAACGGCCUUCUACUUAUCAUGCCCGUUUAGAUUAUGUGAUGAUGUGAUUGAAUAUUGAACGUGAUUCGUUCAUUUACGCCGGGAUUUUUCUAUUCUUGUUCCUAUUGUGCGCUAAAAUUAGUUUGGAAAAGAGACAAAAAAAAACGAAGAAAAGAAAAUGGAGGACGAAUUGAAAUGUCCGUCGUGUCGCCAAUUUUUCGCUCAGCCCGUCUUACUGCCGUGUUUUCACGCAAUGUGUCUCAGUUGCGCGCUGCAGAAUCAACAGCCCGUUGUCAACAAUUUGGCCAGUCACGCGACGGCUCACGAACAACAACUGGAACAGCCAUUACCGCCGCCGCCGACCGAAUUGCAAUUACUCUCCGAACUGCAUUGCAACGACUGCAACGAUUCGGAUCAAUUGUCCAUCCUGAGCGAGACGGACAGUGGCGUUGUGGUCAGCACGAGCGGCAGCAGCGGAGGCAGCAGCCGGCCGAGCAGUUGCCACAUCCAACCCGCAUCAGCGACGACGACCGCAGCCAACAAUUCAACUGUUGCGGCCGCCACCAUUUCGCUCAGCUGCCCGUCGUGUCGCAAACUCGUCUACUUUGACGAAAACGGAGCUCAAAAUUUGCCUCGCUACAGGGCCAUGCAAACGAUCGUAGACAAGUUCACGGAGACGUGUAACCGUACGUCAGCCAACUCUAGCACAGCGUGCCAACUGUGUCCGGACACGACAGAAGCCGGCCAGCAAACUGCCACCGUUUUUUGCCAACAGUGUCAAGUUUUCUACUGCGAACGAUGCCGAGAGAACUGCCACCCGGCCCGCGGUCCGCUCGCUAAACAUAGCCUCAUUUCGCCGCAGCAGGGCCGUCAAGCUCUCCGUUCGCUCAAAGAAAAGUUCAAGCAACAGCAGUCGUGUGCAGAUGCCGUUCCACACUGCAGCGAACAUGGUGAUCAGGUCCAAUCUUAUUAUUGCAACACUUGUCGAUUGGGAGCUUGCCACUUGUGCGUUUUAUCGGAUGCUGGCCGCCAUCAAAAUCACGACGUCCAUCUAUUGGCGCUUAUCUGCAAACAGCAAAAGGCCGAGUUGACGCAAUCGUUGCAACAGCUGUCGGAGAAAGCCAAAAGUGCGACGGAGGUGAUCCAGCGCUUGAAGAGUUCGUCGGAAAGAGUCCAGGAGAGUUGUGCCAACGUCGAAUCGGCCAUCCAUGCUCAAUGUUUGGAACUGAUGGAAGCAUUGCGACGCAGGGAAGAAGCCCUGGUGGAUUUCGCCCGGCGCGAACGUGACUUGCAAUUGCGGCGAUUGCGGGAAGAGGUGGCCACUUGCACGGCUCACCUGCAGCACACGACGGCGCUCGUUCAAUUCUGCAUCGAAGCUUUGAAAGAAUCCGAUUCAUCGGCUUUUCUUCAGAUCGGGUCGAUGCUAGUCAACCGCGUCUCCAAUUUGGACCUCACUUGGCGACAGGAAAUGGAGGAAUUGACCAAUCGGGCCAGUCCGACACUCGAACUCACCCUCGACGAUUUGGGCCUGCGACGCAAUAUCGACCAGCUCACUUUCCUCGAAAUGAAACCUCCCGGACCACCAAGAAUCUUGGCCGAGGAAUGCAGCGCCGAAAAUAAUUCAAUCACAGUGGCCUGGCAACCGCAUCCGGCCUCUUUCGUCGAGGGUUUCGUUCUGGAACUGGACGACGGCGGGGGCGUCGCCGCUGGUCGUUUCCGCGAGGUCUACUGCGGUAAGGAGACCAUCUGCACGGUGGACGGCCUGCAUUUCAAUUCGCUUUACAACGCCCGAGUCAAAGCUUUCAACAGCAGCGGCGACGGACCCUACAGCGACUCGCUGGCUCUUCACACGGCCGAAGUGGCUUGGUUCACAUUCGAUAUGACAGCCUACCCAGCAGAAACUCGGCUGUCGGCUGACGGAUUGACGGCCACGACCGACAGCUACGAGCCGCGUGUUUUGCUCAGUUCAGUCGGAUUCUCACGGGGCGUCCAUUACUGGGAAUUCACCGUCGACCGAUACGAUGGCGCGGCUGAUCCGGCAUUUGGCGUGGCAAGACGAGACGUCGCGAGAGACUCCAUGCUGGGUAAAGAUGAAUUAGGAUGGUCCAUGUACAUCGACCAUCAACGGUCUUGGUUCCUCCACAACAACGUGCACAGUCAUCGAACCGAUGGCGGAAUCGACGUCGGUUCUACAGUUGGCGUCCUACUCGACCUCGAUCGGCGUCAAUUGAGUUUCUUCGUCAACGAAGAGCCUCAGGGAACGGUGGCUUUCGUCGAUCUACACGGCGUCUUCUACCCGGCCGUUUCGCUCAACCGCAAUGUACAAGUCACUCUCCAUUCAGCUCUCGAUCCACCGCCAUCUUCGGCCUCUUGUCCCGACAGCGGAGAAGAAAGCGACGAAGGCCAUCCAAUUGGCGGCGGCGAUGUCGCUGAACGAAUAAACAGCGGGACGAAAUCUUCUGAAUCGAUGUCUUCACUCACGUGUGCCGUUGCGGCGCUCUGAAAUAAACAAAACCAAAAUGAAAUGAAAUUUUUUUUUUAAACUAAAAAAAAAAAUGUUCUGUUUGUUUGCGAAAUUGUACAUGAAUUAUGAUGUCGAACGGCUUCAUUAUCUCCUAUUAAUGCUUUUAUUCUCAUUUUUUUUCUAUUUGCAUAUUUAUAUAUUUUACAAAAAGGGCUUAGUGAAAUCU